GUUGUCUGCAGUGAUAUCACAACACUGCAAUAUGAGGACGCGCUCAUAUGACCGCCACCCAGCUCCAUCCCUGGGCGAGACACAGGUGUAACUGGAGCAAAAGGUAGGCAUGGGGAAUAAAAGGAGGAGGAAGGAUGCCAGCUGAGCCCCUCAUCUGUCUGCAGCCGCUGUCAAGGUAAAGAAAAAGACAGAAAAUGGCUCAGUCCAUGAGGAGGCCGGAGACUCUGGGAGCCAUGGACCACGAGCCCCAGAGGGACAAGACCAGAACCAGCUAUUUUGGCAACGUCAAGACCAGGCUCGGUUCUAAGCUUCCUCCUGGCGUCUCUCAGCCUCCACAGUUCGCUAAGCGGCCUUGGGAGACUCAACCUCAGGCCCGAGUGAUGCAGGAGCCUGCAGCCAGCAGCCAGCGUCAGCACCAAGUGACCGUGGGCCGGCCUCUCAACCACACCCCUCACAUCAGAAACCCCAAACUGCGACAGUACUACCUGCAAGGGACUUCAUGGGAUCUAAACAAUGCUGCGGUGAAGCAGGAGCUUAUGAGUGGAGCAUCAGAUGACAGCACAAGCAGCAGGGGUCUCCCUGGAGACACGGUGUUCAGCAUCUCGUCUCGGUUCAACAGUAACGGUACGUCCUCAGCAGAUGAGGGCAAAAUGGGUCAACGUCCCUCCAUUUCAACUUCACCCUCCGCGUCUGCUACCCUUAUCCAGAAAGAGCAGCUGGUCGUCCCGAAGGGAAAAAACACUUCCACCAGUCAAGGAUCAUCUCAACCAGAACUGGAUGUUGAUCCUAAACAGAAGCGAGAGGCCGAGGCGGAUCCUGCGUGUUUGGAAACACUUGCUGCUCAACCUCAGCCACCCUCACCAGAGGCAGAAUAUGACAAACUACUGGAUGUGGAGGCGGUGCCGAUGCCUGAUGGACAGCUGUGUUUACUGGCUCUGCCCCCAGAGUGCUGUCAGGGGGAGGGCCCUGAGGCCAUGCCAUACCUCAAACUGUUUUGCCGCUACAUUACCGACCGUAAGGGUGUGGUUUCAGGCAUCCUGCUGGUGACAUCGAAUAAGAUCUUCUUUGACCCGUGUAAGACGCACGCUCUGGUGAAGGAACACGGCUGUGAGGAAUACCUGCUGUCCUGCUCUGUUGACAAUCUGGCCUCGGUCUCCUUCUUCUCUGACAUCUCACAUGUUCACUUCAGCACCUCCCAGCAGAGGAGAAAAGGAAAGAAAAUUUUCCAGAAGUUGAAAACCACCAAAAGCCGAGCAGGCGGCCUCCCAAACCCAAAGGCAGAGUCGUUGCCGGCUCUGGUGUCUGUGGCUCCGUCAGAUUUGUCCAGUCUGGCACUGAGCCUGACCAGAGAGGUUUCUGCGGAGGAGGAGGAGGCAGAGAGCAGAGACAUGGCGGAGGCUGAGGUGGAGCUUGAUAGCAGUCCUCUGGAGGUGCUGUCAGAGGCGUCUGUGGGCAGCCUGGGAGUGGCAGUCCUGAGCAGCGCAGCCACCUUCUGCUGUGGAGGUCAAGAGACGGCGAGUAAAAUGAAGACGGAGCUGCUGCACACUGAUGAAACGGGGAAGUCCUCUGUGAAGAGUCAGACUGCAGCGCCUCGGAGGUCAUCAGCAGGAAGUCCUGGGAGUCUGAUGUUUGUGCGGCUGCGGGUUCAGCCAUCUGCAGGAAAGAAAAAGAGUGCAGGAGGCCUUCACCUGGGGUCGGCCAAAACUUUACCAAGAAGGGACUCCUGGCUGGCCCUUUCUCAAGAGAGCUCUGAUGAGCUGUACGCCUACCUGACACACUGUCGGCCGGACUUGUGUAUACUUGAGGGAGGGGAGGAAGAGGGGGAGGCAGACCGUGACGACGAGGAGUUUGUACUCAUUGAGGACAAAGAGGAAGAGGAGGAGGAGGUGGAGGAGGAGGAGGAGGAGGUGUUACAGAGGCACCGCAGCUCAGGAGACGACUGGGAGAUGGUUUUGAUGGAAAAGAGCGGGGAUAAGCCGACCCUGGUCAUCGACAGGGACCCUGACGGACUCAAUAACAUCGUGGAGAGCAGCCACAUUUUACAAGCUUCACAUGUCAGAGAACUAUGUAAGGAGCUUCCCCCGAGGACAGUUGGCCACAGCUGGCAGCUGACUUACAGUACGUCCCGUCACGGCGCCAGCCUCAAGUCCCUCUACAGAAAACUCGGUGCCACAGACUCCCCUGUGCUUAUUGUCAUCAAGGAUGCGCUUGAUGAGAUAUUCGGGGCCUUUCUCUCGCACCCUCUGAAGCUCAGUGAGACGUUCUACGGCACAGGAGAAACUUUUCUCUUCAUGUUGCAUCCUCGUUUCAAGUGCUUCAGAUGGACCGGAGAGAACUCCUUUUUUAUUAAAGGAGACUUGGACUCUUUUGCCAUUGGUGGUGGAAGUGGUCACUUUGGUCUGUGGGUGGAUGAGAAUCUGUACUUGGGGCGCAGCAGCCCCUGCUACACUUUCAACAAUUGUUGCCUCUCUGAAACUGAUGAUUUCAGAGUGAUGGAGCUGGAAGUGUGGACAUUCGGCUGAAGAACUCCGGAGUUUCUUUUUGACCUCGCCUCGUCGCUACUGAUCAGCUUUAUCAAGACGGUAUUUAUCACUGAGCAUAAAAAACACAAACGCUCAUUCAUUUCAUGGUAAUUUCCAUGUAAAGAUUCCACAAACUGCUGGAUUUAUCCGCGUGAUUAAGUGCUGUGGAUUUUGGUGAACUGAAGUGAACAAGGCUGAUCUUGAAUGGCUCGAUGUCUCGGAGUGGCGCCUUUAUGGACUGUUUUAUGAUUGACUCAUUUCAGUGGGUUUGGCAAAAAAAAUUAGAACUGAGUUGAGCUUAACUGGAUUCUCGGAGACCUCGUUUUUGAAGGAGUGGGUUAGAAGUCACAGAAACUGCACUUUUCUCUUAAUGUGAAUCAAUAACCUCAUGAUAUCUCAUUAUUUAUCAUGUGAACAUGAUGGUCCACCUGUCUAUAUGGGUAAUGCAUGUCCCCGCCCUCAUAAAACUUCAGAUAAUGCUGGAAGUUUGAAACACACAUUAGUCUUCUUAUGAGUAGAUUUCUCCGUUGAAACUGGAUGCACACAGCUCAAAAUCCCACAAAUACAAGCUCCCAUCAUUGGACAACAAUCAUUUCAGCAUCAUCAGUGUCAUCUUACUUCACUUUGAGAAAAGCUUCUCAUUUGAACAACAUCUGUACUUGAAAACCAUAGCGUUUCAUUCAUGACUAUUCUGAACUCUUCAUUUCAAGUGCUGACUCAUACACCAAUGUGGUUUCUGAACAGGACAGAAAAACCUUUGAAUUAAUGCAAUUUUGUCUCAAUUCAGCUGUAUCCGUAAUAACAUGCUCUCACUCUGGAAGCCAGAUCUACUUUGCUUACGUUGUACGGUAUCGUAGAUUAGUUUAAAAAAUUAAUAAAAAUCAGCACAAAUAUUUAAACUCUAAAAA